AUGUACGAGCCUCCCGUCCUCUGUCUCUACUACCGCUCCAAUCAAGUCCGCCAACUCCUGAAACCGAGCAAAUCCUCCCUCCCCGCCGUUCCACGGAUCGUCAACAUAGAUGACAUUCCAUUCUUGGCCUUGCCAGUGCUCUGCUCUGCCCUUUUUCUCUCCACAAAACUGCCUCAAUUUCAGCCGCCCGACCUCUUCCAAGAAAACUCUCCACGUCUCGUCCGCGACGGGCUGUUGGCCCACUCCACUCAUCCACUGUCUCCGUCCGAAACUCUUCACCGAUCUCGUAGAAAAACGACCUGGUGUUUGCUGCAUGUCCUCUUCACUGUCCACAUCAAAGUAGACCUCACAAUUCCUGACCCUGCCCAAGAUUUCCCCCAUAAUAUCCAAAAUCGUCACCAGCCGCGAUUGAAGUUGGUAGGGCAAGUACUGCCAUCGCCGGAGCCCUACCAAAUAUCCUUUCUCUCCGAAGCCUCUUGCUCGCGCGCCGAUGCUCUAUCUGUGCCUCAAACCACGCUGCUCGUCGCGAGUUUUCCUUGA